AUGACAGACAGCAGGGCAGGCAAGAGGAUAGACAAGAGGACUGGCCAGAGGGAGGUAAAAUGGCAGGUUGCAACAGAGACGCCUGUUAAGAUUUUAAAAUGCUAUGGUAAGAUAUCAGGCAAGAUAAAAGUAAAGAAGACAUGCAAGAGGACAGGUAAAAAAGGAAGUAGUGAGGUUAGUGGUCUGGUCAGUGGCCAGCUAGAGGACAGGCAAGACGACAGGCAAGUGGACAGGCAAGAGGACAGGCAAGUGGACAGGCAAGAGGACAGGCAAGUGGACAGGCAAGAGGACAGGCAAGAGGACAAUAGUGAUGUUAGUGGUCUGGUCAGUGGCCAGCUAGAGGAUGGGCAAGAGGACAGGCAAGAGGAUAGGCAAGAGGACAGGCAAGAGGAUAGGCAAGAGGACAGGCGAGAGGACAGGCGAGAGGACAGGCGAGAGGACAGGCGAGAGGACAGGCGAGAGGACAGGCGAGAGGACAGGCGAGAGGACAGGCGAGAGGACAGGCGAGAGGACAGGCGAGAGGACAGGCAAGUGGACAGGCAAGUGGACGGGCAAGUGGACGGGCGAGAGGACAGGCGAGAGGACAGGCGAGAGGACAGGCGAGAGGACAGUAGCUUUUUAAUCCCACAUGAAAAUUGA